AUGCCAAGCACCAACACUGGUGCCCCCGCCUUCAGUGAGGCCACCGGUCAAGUAGCCCUCGAGAUGGGUCGUCAAACACUUUUGGCCGCCUCUAACGCAGCCCAACAGGGCCUCGUACAGGUGCAUCACUACAUUCAACAAGGCCCGAAUGGUCUUCGAGUUCUAUGCUUCGUUGGAGGUCUCGGUGUUACGCUCACUGGAGCCCUCGGAGUGUUGAACAUUUUCUCGACUAUUAUACAUCCAAUCGAUUACCUUUGCAAUGCAUAUCAAUUUCUCUUCGGAGGUAUUACUUGCAUUCUUGAGGCCAACCCAGAACUGCUCAGAGAACGCGUUCAUUGGCAGGAAAAAAUAUACGAAUACGCCAAGUUCCUCACUUUGUUAUGGGGAAGAGGACUCUUCUACCUCUUUCAAGGCUCACUGGCGUUAGUUCAGUUCAGUCUGCUGUACGCUAUCGUUGGUGUGUACAUGUUCGUUAUGGGAAUAUUAUGCAUAGCUAUGUGGAAAGGGUACCAACCGGACCUGCAAGGAGUUCAGCAGACUCUGGCUGAGCAAACAGGUCGCUUUGUACCGGCUAACGCUUUGGAGGAGGGCACAGUGUCUUUGGAGAGGCAGAAUCCAUGA